GCCCUUUCCAUGCAUCCUUCCUGGCUUGCUGCUGCAACCAAGAAAGCCCAGAGAAGCUUCUUCCACUGCAAUACAUCUGUUCUCCUCCUAUAAAAGCCUCCCUCCUCACACCACCCUUCUCUCACCAUCAACUCAACUUUCUCACAGCUCCCAAAAAAAAAUUAAGAGAAAGGGGAAGGGGGAAAAGACAAGAAGCUGCUCCCUCCCUUGCUCCCCUCCGACUCUCCGAGCCAUGGCUGCGAGGUGGGGCCCGCCAGCCGGCCUCGUGCUCCUGCUGCUCGCGCUGGCCCUGGCUCCGGCGGUGCAAGCGGACAAGCCGGCGAGGGGCGGGCCGACGGGCGAGGAGCCGGAGGCGUCAUCCGCCGUGUUCCAACUCUACGGCGACGUCUACCCGCACGGCUUGUACUACGUGGCCAUGAGCAUCGGCAACCCGGCGAGGCCUUACUUCCUGGACGUCGACACCGGCAGCGACCUCACCUGGCUUCAGUGCGACGCACCCUGCGUCAGCUGCUCCAAGGUGCCACACCCGCUCUAUCGACCUACAAAGAACAAGCUGGUGCCAUGUGUGGAUCAGUUGUGUGCAUCCCUCCACGGUGGACUGACCGAGAAGCACAAAUGCGACUCAGCGCAUCAGCAAUGUGACUAUGAGAUUAGGUAUGCUGAUCAGGGGUCAUCCAUUGGUGUGCUGGUCAACGACAACUUCACGCUGCGCCUCACAAACACCUCUGUUGUUUGCCCCAGUCUUGCAUUCGGGUGUGGGUAUGAUCAACAGGUCGGCAGCAGCAGUGAGGUGGCGCCCACUGACGGAGUGCUUGGGCUUGGGAGUGGAUCAAUCAGCCUGCUUUCACAGCUCAAGCAGCAUGGGAUCACCAAGAACGUGGUUGGCCACUGCCUCAGUUUAAGAGGAGGGGGUUUCCUCUUCUUUGGGGAUGAUCUUGUACCUUAUUCACAUGUAAUGUGGGUUCCUAUGGCUCGCAGUGCAUCCCGGAAUUACUAUUCCCCUGGCUCAGCAAGUCUGUACUUUGGUGGCCGGUCACUAGGUGUUAGGCCAAUUGAAGUAGUCCUUGACAGCGGCAGCUCAUUCACCUACUUUGCUACACAGCCAUAUCAAGCGCUUGUCACCGCACUUAAGGGUAACCUAAGCAAGACACUGCAAGAGGUAUCUGACCCCUCCCUGCCUCUGUGCUGGAAAGGGAAGAAACCAUUCAAAUCCGUGCUUGAUGUCAAAAAGGAGUUCAAAUCAUUGGUUUUGAGCUUUUCUAGUGGCAAGAAGGCACUCAUGGAGAUCCCUCCUGAAAACUACCUCAUUGUCACUAAAUAUGGCAAUGCAUGUUUGGGCAUCCUCAACGGAUCAGAGGUUGGCCUCAAGGAUCUGAACAUUCUUGGAGACAUUACAAUGCAGGAUCAGAUGGUGAUAUAUGACAAUGAGAAAGGGCAGAUUGGAUGGAUUCGUGCACCCUGUGAUAGAAUCCCCAAUGACAAUACCAUUCAUGGAUUUGAGGAAGGUUAUUGUUGGCCUCAAUUCCCCGGGAUCGUUGGUCUUCAGAAUGAAGAUUGCCCAGCCUAUUACCGUUCAAAUAAAGAGAGAUUAGCAAGGGAAGGCCACUAGAGUGAUGAAAGGAACAGAAAGGUGAUCAUCUGAGGGAGGCUGCACACAACAGUUAGGAACAUGUAUUCUUUAGGAAAGAGAAAAGCUAGUCACGUGUAAACAUCAUAAUGUUCAUAUGAAAUAUAAUGAUCACCUUAUGAUACACCUCUCGUAUUCAACAUAAUCGUUUGAACUUGUUGCACUCUUCAA